AUGGGAGGAGAGCAAGUCGCCCAGAGCGGAUCGCCCACUUUGGCAGGCCAGGCUGACCAGAACGACCUGGAGCCUGCCUGGAAGGUGCUACGAAUACCAAAGGAGCACCGCAUCUUCACGCUGGGGCGCUUCUAUGUUCUGAAGGCGAAGCACCGGCAGCUGCAGCUGGGUGUUUGCGAGGACGACAUGAGAGGAAUCGAAGUUGCGGCACAACGUGAGCUUGAGGAAUGCUUUGGCUUGGCAAGCGAUGAGGCCGACCACCAGGAUCUGGGCAACUCCAUUGGGCAUCUUUUUGACCAGAAGGGUGCCUGGCUGUUGGCAAAGCUGGGCGUAGCAAAGCACUACGCCGUAGAAGUUGAUGAGGAAGAGAUGGUAGGUCUCAUCGCUCUGGCCGCUGGAGAGCUCCAGGGAAGGCAGCCCUUCCAGGACCAUCCGGCCAAUGCUGUGUACCAGGUCCAGCACGGGAAAACCAGCGCCAAGUUUUGGCGGGUCAUUCACCGUCAGUUUGGUGACUUCAAGGAGCCGGGGCAAUGUGCUUACUUGGUCGACACUGGGCUGCUUUGUGAAUAG